AUGCCGGCACAUAGAGUAGAAUACUCUGUCAUUGACAGACACAAAAACCCUCACUAUGAGACGAAACCCUCACCUGUUCUUGUCCCAAUCGACAAGAAACUUACAUACUCGCAUCUGUUGACUCCUACUGGAAUCCGAUUUUCGCUGGAGCUUUUUUUCUCGCUUCCCUGCAAAACUGAGCUCAUAAUCACCCCGACGCCGUGCAGCUCUUCUGGAAGCCCCUGGCGCACGGGAAGGGAUCCAGAUCUGCUGUGGAACCCACUCGACAGAAGCCGAGCUACCCGCACACUCGUGAUUGGGAUCUGCUUCUCAAAUCACAUUUUUUGCAAUGGGGUUCAGCCCAAAAGCCACUUGCGUGGUGGUCGAUUUGAGUCCAGUUUUCCCGAGUGUACAUUUCGGAGAGUGAAAGUGCGAAAGGGGAUUUCUAUAUCCUCAAACUCGAGCGUUAGGGGAAAACAAGCAUAA